GCAGGAGUCUGAAGAGGAGGAAGCGCCCCAGGAGUCCUUGGAUGAAGGUUAUUCGACUCUGUCAAUUCCUCCUGACAUAAUGGCCUCGUACCAGUCUUACAGGAGCACCUUUCACUCAUUAGAGGAACAGCAAGUCGGCUUGGCUCUUGACAUUGGCAGACAUCGGUGGGAUCAAGUGAAAAAGGAGGACCAAGAGGCAACAGGUCCCAGGCUCAGCAGGGAGCUGCUGGAUGAGAAAGAGCCUGAAGUCUUGCAGGACUCACUGGAGAGAUGUUAUUCGACUCCUUCAGGUUAUCUUGAACUGCCUGACUUAUGCCAGCCCUACAGAAGUGCCAUUUACUCAUUGAAGGAACAGCACCUUGGCUUGGCUCUUGAUGUGCACAGAAUUAAAAAGGACCAAGAAGAGGAAGAAGACCAAGGCCCCCCAUGCCCCAGGCUCAACAGCAUGCUGAUGGAAGUGGAAGAGCCUGAAGUCUUGCAGGACUCACUGGAUAGAUGUUAUUCGACUCCUUCAACGUACUUUGAACUACCUCACUCAUUCCAGCACUACAGAAGUGCGUUUUACUGAUUUGAGGAACAGCACGUCAGCUUGGCCCUUGACGUGGACAAUAGGUUUUUUACUUUGAUGGUGAUAAGGCUCCACCUGGUCUUAUCAGGUCUUAUCAGGUGGAAUAUGAAUAUGGGAGUCAUAUUCCCACACUAAGCAGCCCUUACUAAGCUGAGAGAUGUCAUUCCUGCAGGCAGGACCUAUAGGCACGUGUAGGUUUGAAUGAAACUGUAGUUCCAUUUGGAAGCCCAGACAUAGGAUGGGAAAGUGGGCAUGGCUCUAUUCCUAUUCUCAGACCAUGCCAGUGGCAACUUGUGCUCAGUCUGAAGACACUGGACCCAAGUUAGGUGUGACACGUUCGCAUAACUAUGCAGCACAUGCCCAGAGUGAUCUGUCAGACAUUCUAAUUUGAACCACGUAUCUCUGGGUAGCUACAGAGUUCCUCAGGGAUUUCAUUUGGCAGGCAUGUCUCUGAGCUUCUAUACCUGCUCAAGGUCAGUGUCAUCUUUGUGUUGAGCUCCUCCAAAGGUGUUACCCUGGUUUCAAUGAACCUAACCUCAUUCUUUAUAUCUUCAGUGUUGGCUUCUUUUAGCUGAUCCAUCUGUAACACAGGAGGGAUCCGUGGCUGAGGAUUGUAUUUCAGAACCACCGACUGCUCUUGACAAUUGUUAACCCACUAGGCUCCUUUGGUUAGAGAAGCCACAGUCCUUCAGCCUCCAAUUGGUAUCAAUACUUAGGAAGACCACAGCUAGAUGGACAAACAGCAUUGAGAGGCCUUAGCCCUGCUCCUCUCAAUUCCACCCUGUAGAGAACAGGAGUCAGGAGCCGCUGGCAGGAGACAGCAUGUCACCCGGGACUCUGCCGGUGCAGAAUAUGAACAAUGCCAUGUUCUUGCAGAAAAUGCUUAGCCUGAGUUUCAUAGGAGGUAAUCACCAGACAACCGCAGAAUGUAGAACACUGAGCAGGACAACUGACCUGUCUCCUUCACACAGUCCAUGUCACCACGAAUCACACAACAAAAAGGAGAAGAGAUAUUUUGGGUUCAAAAAAAGUAAAAAGAUAAUGUAGCUACAUUUCUUUAGUUAUUUUGAACCCCAAAUAUUUCCUCAUCUUUUUGUUGUUGUCAUUGAUGGUGGUGACAUGGACUCGUUUGUAGAGGACAGGUCAGCUGUCUGGCUCAAUGAUCUACAUUCUGAAGUUGUCUGAAAAUGUCUUCAUGAUUAAAUUCAGCCUAAACGUUUUUCCGGGAACACUGCGGAGUCAAUGCUGUGAGUUUCCAACCUCAGCCCAUCUGCAGGCAGAGAAGGUCUAGUUUGUCCAUCACCAUUAUGAUAUGAGGACUGGUUACUCGGUUAAGGAGGGGUCUAGGAGAUCUGUCCCUUUUAGAGGCACCUUACUUAUAAUGAAGUAUUUGGGAAAGUGGUUUCCAAAAGUAUAAAUAUCCUGUAUUCUAAUGAUCAUCCUCUAAACAUUUUAUCAUUUAUUAAUCAUCCCUGCCUGUGUCUAUUAUUAUAUUCAUAUCUCUACACUGGAAAUUUUCUGUCUCGAUUUUUACUGUACCUUUGUUUUUGCUAGUGUCUGUUGUUGCAAAAAAAGAAAAAAAAACAUUCUCUGCCUGAGUUUUUUGUCCAAAGUUAAUUUUAAUCUAUACAAUUAAAAACUCUUGCCUAUCACUCUGGACUGUUGGAUUGCUUUUUACAUUCAGUGUUAUAAUCUUUGAUUAUGCUGAUUGGUUUUGGUGAGUACUGAUGCGAAUUAAUAAAAACAUUUCAUUUCC